AUGGAACUUUUAAACAAUUGGAAGAUACUCUCGGACUCGGCCCACUACAUAACGCACUUCUACCGGGUCGCUUGGGUGGCUGGCUGUUGGUCAACACAUGUUCCCAACCUACCUGGCCUUCCUACUGCUGGUACCCGAGAAGAGGAUCCCACGGUCUCCGAAGGAGAUGACUCGGUCGUCAUCUCAGAUGAUGACCUCGAGGAUGAGAAUGCGGACGAGGACGCUGGGCAUCUCCCUAUGGAGGACGAUGGAGCCGAAUUUGCCCCCAAAGAAGAUGACAGCGAUACGAGUCUGGUCUCUUCCUUUGACGACGGACUCGCUCAUCAAUGUACUGCAAAGCACCCUCUUUGCCUCGAUCAGCUCUUCACCGAAGAAGCCCAGGUCCAUACUCUUGUGUGGAGGCACCAGUACGACGGUCAACACCUUCGCGUGAUGUUUUGGGUUACUUACUGGGGAUAG